GCGAUUUGUUUACUCAUUCAGCGGGUGCGCGCUUCAGUCCAAGAUGGCUGCUGGAGACAAUAGCGGUCGGGUUCCGUGUUUAAAUUUGUCGAUACCCGGACCUUUGGGUAACAGCCAACCGAGCAACAGUCCUUACGCUUUGGCUGCGAGUCACCGCGGAACCGCUGGAGGCGGCGGCGGAGGCUCUCAGAACGUAACGAGACGCUCAAAUCCCCAACCGGGGCCUGCGGGCCUGGAAAUCCCCGGCGUUGCCUUAGGACCGCCGCCGAACCUGAUGAACUCUCUCCCGGCUGUGGCGCCGCCGGCUUCUGCCGCCUCGAACAUGACUGGAAACCCGUCAAACGCACCGGUGACCCCGGCGACACACCCGUCUCUGUCCGCAGCCGCCGUGCUCGUGUACCGGGAGCCCGUUUAUAACUGGCAGGCGACGAAGACCACCGUGAAAGAGAGAUUUGCGUUUUUGUUCAAUAAUGAAGUACUGAGUGAUGUUCACUUUCUAGUGGGCAAAGGCAUCGGAGUCCAGCGGAUACCUGCGCACAGGUUUGUUCUAGCCGCUGGCAGUGCAGUCUUUGAUGCCAUGUUUAAUGGAGGCAUGGCCACCACAUCCACAGAGAUCGAGCUUCCUGAUGUAGAGCCUGCUGCAUUCCUCGCACUGCUCAAGUUCCUGUACUCUGAUGAGGUUCAAAUCGGACCCGAGACGGUGAUGACGACUCUCUACACCGCUAAGAAAUACGCCGUCCCUGCUCUGGAGGCCCAUUGUGUGGAGUUUCUGAAGAAGAACCUGCGUGCAGACAAUGCGUUCAUGCUGCUCACACAGGCCAGACUGUUCGAUGAGCCGCAGCUUGCCAGCUUGUGCCUGGAGAACAUCGACAAAAACACCGGAGACGCUCUGGCUGCUGAGGGAUUCACAGAUAUUGAUCUGGACACGCUGGUGGCGGUGUUGGAGAGAGACACUCUGGGCGUGCGUGAGGUGCAUCUGUUCGGAGCCGCGGUGCGCUGGGCAGAAGCUGAGGCUCAUCGACAGCAGCUGCAGCCCACGCCGGAGAACAAGAGACGUGUGCUGGGGAAAGCCCUCAAUCUCAUCCGCUUCCCGCUCAUGACCAUCGAGGAGUUCGCCGCAGGUCCUGCUCAGUCGGCCAUCCUGACGGACAGACAGGUGGUGAGUCUGUUCCUGCACUUCACGGUGAAUCCUAAACCACGUGUGGAGUUCAUCGACCGGCCGCGCUGCUGUCUGCGAGGGAAAGAGUGCAGCAUCACGCGCUUCGGGCAGGUGGAGAGCCGCUGGGGGUACAGCGGGACCAGCGACCGCAUCCGGUUCUCUGUGAAUCGCAGGAUAUUUAUCGUGGGGUUCGGCCUCUAUGGAUCCAUUCACGGACCGACAGACUAUCAGGUCAACAUACAGAUCAUUCACACGGACAGUAACACAGUUCUGGGUCAGAACGACACAGGCUUCAGCUGCGAUGGAUCCGCCAGCACCUUCAGAGUCAUGUUCAAGGAGCCGGUGGAGGUCCUGCCCAACGUCAAUUACACGGCCUGUGCCACAUUAAAGGGUCCGGACUCUCACUACGGCACUAAAGGCAUGAGGAAGGUCACGCACGAGUCGUCCGGCUCCGGCACCAAAACCAGCUUCACCUUCUGCUACGCCGCGGGAAACAACAACGGCACGUCUGUGGAGGACGGACAGAUCCCAGAGAUCAUCUUCUACACGUAGUCUCCGCUGGUGUCCGUGAUAUUGCACUCGACCGUAACGCUGUAUUCAGAGAACUGACCGUCUUUGGGGUGGGGGGGGGUCUGUCAUUAAUAACACAUAGUAACAAUUGCGAUUAGACUUUGAGGCUGACUGUUAACAUGCAAAUGUAUCUUUAUUUUUGCGUAUCUGAUUUUGCAUCUGGGUUGUAAUUAAAACUCUUGCCAAACCUGCACCUCACAGUGUUUAAGAGCUUUACACUUAUAGGAAUAGUUCACGCACAAAUGAGUCCGGUUUGGAGAAAUGUAGCAUUGAAUCAGUGUAGUGAAUGGGUGCCGUCAGAAUGAGAGUCUGGUAAAAGCAUCACAAUAAUCCACACCAGUUAUCAUCUUGUGAAGACAGAAGAAAUACAUCAAGAUGUCGCUUUAAUGGCUGACGGCACCCAUUCACUGCAGAGCAUCCAUUGAGGAGGCACUGAUGCAAUGCUACAUUUCUACAAACCUGAUAAAGACACAAACUCAUCCACAUCUUGGAUUAGACUUUCAAAAAAUAUUAAUUUUGGGGUGUACUGUUGCUUUAAUUCUUAUCUCAAUAAAGCAGAUUUUGAUGUGUAUGCAACUAAUGAUUUGCGCAUUAGCAAGAAGCAAUAUUUAAAUAUUUUGUCAGUGCAUUUGGAUGAAAACUGUGUAUUUUAGAUUAUAUUAAAAAAAAAAUGCUAUCAAAUCAAGUUUGCGUUAUGCUUCUGCACAGCAGUGAUUGUAGACCAGAGAGAAGCGGUCUGAUCUUCUCUAAUGUGCCAAGGUUUUCCUUCGAUGUUCCUCAUACAUUCAGCACUUAAUUUAACAAGAGGCCGAGACUCAUUCAGGAACAGUAUUUAUUUACAGCGUGAAGCUCAGCUCUCGUGCAAACACACGCUCGCGUUUCUGGAUUGUUGAUGUAUGACUACUCGUGUUCAAUAAAGAUGAAUCCUU